AUGCCCUCUAUCCUCAAUCUCAAGUUCAAAGGAAACAAGUCUUUUGUCGCGUUCAGCAACCUCAAUGACACAGAAUCUCUGACCAAGACAUGGAAGGUCUGUACCAAGGUCGCCAGUUACCUCGAACAGGGCCAAAGACUCGAGAACUUGAGCUGGAGGCUAUGGCAUCUCCAGAACCUCAUGGUCGACACCGACAAUGCAAGAUCAAAGCGUGAGUUCAAGAAGCUCAGUAAGUGCAUGGGCGACAAGCUCGACAAGGAGAAGGGGCGGAGCAUAGAGGAGCUGGAGGCCCCCGACUUCAAACGCAACCACUCCACCGACAUGAUCAGGCAGCGCGCAGUCGAAAAGGAGCGCAGCCGCGAAGCCAGCCAGAACGCCCAACCUGGCACAAUUAAGCGCAUGCAGUUCACUUUCAGCGUCGAUCAGCCAGCCCAGUCGCUCUCAACGGCGCCUGUGAAGAAGCCAGACACCAAGCCUUCUUCCGAGUUCUCCAAGCGAGCACGAGCUCCCAAGGUCACUCAGGAGGACACUGUCAUGGCCGAUGGUGACGCCCCUGCCACCACCGCCACAGCUCCCGCGACUUCGACUUCGACUUCGACGACUACUACUACCACGACUGCUACCAACACGACUGCAUCCUCAUCUACUGCCUCUCUUCACUUCCCUGGACUUUUCAACAACAAUUUUGGCCCAUCUGCAUUACUUUACGCCACACCUACUGUCACGAACCGCAUGAAUUACGGCGAAGGGUUCAACCCCUCUGGAAACACCGACCAGUUCAGUAUCUCCCGUCCUACCAUCGAGCUAGCUCUCGAUGAUCUUCUAUUUAAUGACGAUUCCUCCAACGAAAGCAACCACGAUGGUGACGCCACUCACACUGUUUCUGACUGGUCUUCCCAGAUUGCCGAAGCCAUUUCUUCCACCACCGCAGAAAACAAGUCUGCGCCUGCCGCCCACACAGAUGGUGCGGCUGAAAAAGUCGACGCUCCUGCUCCUGCCCAAUCCACCAACGCAGGUCCUCAACAGGACGUCGUCAUGGGCACCUAUAACGCCCCUGUCACAUCUUCCGCGCCUUCGACUUCCGCCCCAGUGGCCACCAGCCCUGUUCCCGUUACUACCAGCGCACCUACAGUUCCUUCGCUCUCCACCCUCUCGUAUCUCACCAAGGUACCCAUGAGGACGUUCAAUAUUCCGACAGAAGAAGAACUUGUUGCUGCCGCCGCCGUCAGCGAAGAUGAAGACAUUGAUCAACUCUCCCCAGCGCCCAGCACUGCGCGCAAGCUCUCUGCGUUCAGACAUCUUCCUCCCGUCUCUCAGACGGUCAAGGAUAUCUUGCCAGAAACUGUUUCUCCUUCACGCAUUAAUUCUAUCUACGGCACGCGCUCGAGCACGCCCACCGGAAGGCCAACUCUCACUUUGCGCACGCAAACGGUCACUCGGUCUGCCAACCCCGGGGCGACUGCCACCAGCCUGAACCCUGCACUGCUGCGAGGCGGCCCUGGAUCGACUUUGGGUAACUCUGCACCCGGCGGCCUCAAGGCCGAAUGCUCAAACUGCGGUGCCACACAUACUCCUCUAUGGAGAAGGGGACUCAACGAUGAGCUGAACUGCAACGCAUGUGGUCUCUACUGCAAGCUGCACAAGCGACCUCGCCCCAAGAGCAUGCGCAAUUCUCAUGGAGAGAGUAGAGCUUCGGCCACGCCUCGUCAGGAAGCAGUAGAUGUCAUGGCUCAAUGCUACAACUGCCAUACAACGGCGACUCCUCUCUGGAGAAAAGACGACGAGGGCAAGACGGUCUGCAAUGCUUGUGGGUUGUACUACAAGUUGCACGGUUCAGCGCGGCCUAUCUCCAUGAAGUCCGAUGUCAUCCGUAAACGCUCUAGACAUGAUGCUCGACGGUCCGGUAAUGGCACUGAAGAUACACCCUCUGCGAGCCCUGGCGUCAGCCGCCGCACGUCUCCAGUUCGAGAUGGAUCACCCACUCUGGCCCCGGACUCGACCACACAGAUGACGUAUGAAUACACGGACGACGGCGAGUACCGUAACACCACAUCGUCAUCCGAGCUUCUUGGCGCCUUGGGCGGCAGUACUGACAGCGCACAAGCGCCUAACUACGGUGGCCCGAACCCCUUCCAGCUCGCAUACCCUGGUCCCUACCAUCCCGAUUACCUCAUGACACUCUACGGCAACAUCGCCUCCGACGCAUUGCCCUUCCACAACAAUGAUUCUCCCGCUGACGCUGAACUUACUCUCAGCCCGCGCUCGACGAAGCGUCGCCGCAUGAGCACGGAUUCAACGUCCGAGCCACCCUCGUCCGCUGUUUCGUUUGGCUCGUACAGCGGCGACAGCUUCAGCUCGACGUCAUCCGCAUCUACGUCUCACUCGAAGCGGGCGUCGAUGGAGUUCCCGUUCAGCACGUAUAACAGCAACGGGACGAUUAACCAGGGUCCUGCACUUCGUGGCUCGGGCAACACGUUCUGGCACCCGCCCAUGAUGCCUCAGAGCAACACCGACAACGAGCCGGGCCUGUUCAACUCCGGUACAAGCAGCGAGGCGAAUAGCAGCAGCAGCAGCACGUCGGCGUCGUCCUCCGCAGGAGCGAAUGCCAGCGGGAGCGCGAGCAGUGCGAGCGGAAGUAAUAGCACCAGCAGCAGCAGCAGCAGUGUCAGCAGCAGCAGUGGUGCGGCCGAUGAGGAUUCACCUAUGGAUUACUUGCACCAUCCACCGAUGGCUCUGCAGGAUGAGGAGAGCCUUUUCUCUACGUACUUGCACCCGCCGAUGGCGCUGUCGGAGGAGUCAAACAAGGGCAGUCCGGAGAGCAGCGCGAGCAGCUCCAGUGGAAUCGGCUCUGGGAUGUUUGAGUCGUAUUUCCAGUGA